AUGUCUGUUAGCUUGGAUGCCUUGGUAAAGAAACCGGCAGUAUGCUAUACGAUUUUUAAGGAAGCAUAUAAGGGCACGCUGGAAGCCGCAGAUGCGGGCUUCAAUGUAGUUUUUUCUGAAUGCACACUUCGCAAUGACAGUAGUGAUCUGGGAAAAUCUGAUAUGCUGACAUUCUUGAGAGGCGACACAGUGGUAUAUUUGUGUUUCGAUGCCACUAUUGGGUCUUUAUAG